AUGGGAAAUAUGUUUCCUGGUUUAUCAAAUAAAAAGAAAGCAACUAUUAUUUCUUUAAAUGCUGAACUUGGUUUAAAUGAUAAAACUAUUAAAAAUUUUAGUAGAUCUUUAAAUAAUAAUGCUGUAACAGUAACAAAUGUACAACCACCAUCAUUAUUUGUUUAA